GGAAGAAAAUGCAAAAUAUUUCUCAGCUGUGGCCAAAGCCCUAAACCCUAAACUUGGCAGUGAGGGUGAAAAUGUUGCGCAGAAACAUACGAUUGAGGAGAGAAUACUUGUACAGGAAGAGUUUGGAAGGCAAAGAGCGCUUGCUCUAUGAGAAAAAGCGAAAAAUCAAAGAAGCCCUUGAAGAAGGGAAACCAAUUCCUACGGAACUCAGGAACGAGGAGGCCGCCCUUCGUCAAGAAAUCGACCUCGAAGAUGAUAACACUGCCGUUCCCAGGACUCAUAUUGAUGAUGAAUAUGCGAAUGCUACUGGACAAGAUCCUAAAAUUUUGCUUACAACAUCUCGGGAUCCAAGUGCUCCUCUAAUACAGUUUGCUAAGGAACUCAAGUUUGUCUUCCCGAAUGCAGAAAGAAUGAACCGUGGUAAUCAGGUUAUAUCUGAAAUUAUUGAAAGUUGUCGUGCACAUGAUUUUACAGAUGUUAUUUUGGUUCAUGAACAUCGUGGUGUACCAGAUGGUUUAAUUAUUAGUCAUCUACCUUUUGGCCCCACAGCAUACUUUGGAUUGCUAAAUGUGGUUACAAGACACGACAUCAAGGACAAGAAAAACAUUGGAACAAUGCCUGAGGCCUAUCCACAUUUGAUUCUAAACAAUUUCACAACCAAGCUAGGUGAAAGGACGGCAAACAUUCUGAAGCAUCUAUUUCCAGUGCCAAAGCGUGAUACAAAACGCAUUAUCACUUUUGCUAAUCAGUCUGACUACAUUUCAUUCAGGCAUCAUAUCUAUGAGAAACAUGGAGGUCCUAAAUCAGUGGAGCUGAAGGAGAUUGGUCCUAGAUUUGAGUUGCGUCUUUAUCAGAUAAAAUUAGGAACCAUGGACCAGAGUGAAGCUCAAAUUGAAUGGGUCAUUCGACCUUACAUGAACACAACAAAGAAGAGGAAGUUUAUUGGAAAUUGAUGCCAUAAUUAUUAUGUUUCUCAGGCUUUGUAUCUUGCUUUUCAUUACAUUCCUUCAGUUGAUCUUAAUCCAUUUAGGUCUUGAUUUUCGAGAGAACAAGUUUUGUUCGGAGUACUACAUUUAAUCAUGUAUAUCCUGUCAAAUUGAAGUUAUCAUUGGCCAAUUUUACUGCCAACGUGUUACAAUGGGGUUGUAUGGAACACCAUCUCCCCUACCAGGGUAAAUUAUUUUGAGCCCUUACAUUUUGGACCGUAAAAUAUAGGCUUUUAAAUAAG